UUUAAGCUGUCAGGUGUGUUUGCUGUUCCUAACAAGUUUGUAUAUUGUCUUAACAGCCUUAAAGAGUUGCUGAGAGCCAAAUUAAUUGAAUGCGGCUGGAAGGAUCAGUUGAAGGCACAUUGCAAAGAUGUCAUUAAAGAGAAAGGAUUAGAGCAUGUUACUGUUGAUGAUUUGGUGGCAGAAAUCACCCCCAAAGGCAGAGCCUUGGUACCAGACAGUGUAAAGAAAGAACUCUUGCAAAGAAUAAGAACCUUCCUUGCUCAGCAUGCCAGUCUUUAACUGCAACAUUCAUCUGGGUUACAGUGUUUCUGUUUCUGUAUUGCAUCAGUCAUGUUGGGAUUGGAAUGCAGUUUACAUACUUAAGGAUGGAAAAUCAUUAGGUUUUUUUUGUAUGACAAACUGAAAUUUCUUUGCACUGCAUUGAUUUCUUAAACUUGGUGUUAUUUUAAUAAAAAAAUUUUGUGGACUUAUGG